AUGGAGACAAUCCGCGACUCAGCAUUCGGCAAGUUAGUUCGUUUCUUUAGCGGCUACAGGCUUUUUCUCUACCCGGAAGAAAUUGAUGAUUCCGCUUGGCGGAAAUACCUAGAAAGACCCGAGGCCUACCGGGUAGAAUCCAUGGCGACUGGUAGCGAAGAGUUUUACGAGCAGAAUGCCUUGUACACGGUCAUGUCGCAAGCCUCUCGUCGCGGGCGAGAAAGGCCCCCUCUGAAAAGUGUCUUGGCAGGUCCAUGGCGUGGGAUAGGCGAUGGAACGCCCGAGGUAAUCGGCUGGAGUGACGCCAGUGAUAGUGAGAAUCCGCAAAAUUGGAGUGUUCGCAAAAAGAUCUUCGUCACCUUACUUAUCUGCCUUCUUACGUUCUCUAUCUACAUUGGUUCCGCUAUCUACACACCCGGAAUCCCGGGUGUGGCUAAGCAGUUUGGCUUCGCUGUUAUCUACGCGAAGAACAUUGGGAUGCUUCUAGCAUUUCGAUUCAUAACCGGCUUCAUGGGCUCGCCCGUCCUCGCGACAGGGGGAGCCUCGAUAGGGGAUAUGUGGGACCCCAGAACCCGAGACUAUAUGAUUGCGGUCUGGGCAAGCUUCGCCAUUGCAGCUCCCGUGCUGGGACCCCUCGUGGGAGGUUUCGCCGCCCCCGUAAAGGGAUGGACGUGGACUAUCUGGGAGCUGCUUUGGGUAUCAGGUUUUGCCCUUGUGUUUCUCUUCUUCUUCCUACCCGAGACAUUUGCCCCCAAUAUCCUCAGUCGCCGAGCACGGCGUAUUCGCCGGAUUACAGGCGAUCAGAGAUAUGCGUCCGAGCCCGAGAUUGAGAUUGCCCGGGUGGCUCCCAGGGUAAGACUGCAUGGAAAAGCUUUCGCUAGCAUGUGA